GAAGCCUUAUAUAAAAUGCCUUGACCCCACUUUAGUCAAAUUCAGACAACUGAAUGCUAAACUUAAACUUUGGUUGAAAAAUUGCGAAAAAAAGAUCAAAAUGAAAAUUUUAAGUUCAAUUGUCAUUUUAUUAACUGGGAGCUUAUUGGCGCAAUGUUCAGAUAACACCAUCAACCUUCGUCCAGCAGUUGACGAAAUUGUUGCCCUAAUUGACGUACAAUCAAUACAAGAUUCGAUGAGGGACGUGAAUGUUAUCGCUUGUAUUAAUAAACAUGACCCCAAAAUCAUUCCGUACCUUCGUGGAGAAGACUUUAAGACAAUUCACAACUUUUUGUGGAAUCAUCCCCAGUUUCUGGAGAUAAUCCAAUUCCUUGCUGAUGGCGGAUAUCCAGAAAUAUACGAUGCAUUCAACAAUCUCUACGAGUUUCUUGGACUGCCAUUCCGCGUCGACAAAGCUGGACCUGUACCAAACGAUGAUUAUCCAGUUUUGACUCCACCCCUCAAUCCACCAGAACUUUGUGAAAACCUACAAGAAAUAGUCGAAGCUGUACGACUCGCAUUUCCGGAGGAAGAAUUAGUGGAAACAUUUUUCCAUUUGUUCAAAACAGAUACAAGCGUCAAAGCUUUGAUUGCAUUUGUACGGCAACCUGAGAAAAAAGAAUUUGCAAAGGAAUUUGCCGAACUGCCAGAAGUGCAAAAAUUAAUUGAGUAUGGCAAAUCAAAGAAUAUGCCGGUAAAUGAGAUCAUGUACUUUAUUAAAAAGUAGUUUAUAACUUUCAUUACUUAAUAUUAUAUUAUUUGUUAAUCUGUCAAAUGAAUGAAUAAAUGACAAAUAUGAAAAAAGUUACAAUUUA